AUGGCCUCCAACGAUAUGGAGAUCGACAGCUCCCCGCCCCGCAACGGCUCCAAACCCUCCACGACCGAUCAGCACACCUCUGCCGGAGCUGUAGCCGUGCGCUCGAUCGAGGGCUGGAUCAUACUCGUCACCAACGUGCAUGAGGAGGCGAGUGAGGAAGAUUUGCAGGAGCUGUUCGGCGAGUACGGUGAUAUCAAGAACCUGCAUAUGAAUUUGGAUCGGAGGACUGGGUACGUCAAGGGUUACGUCUUGGUCGAAUACCCCACCGUGGCGAAUGCCAAAGCGGCUAUUGAAGGCGCCAAUGGUACAAAGCUGCUCGAUCAGACUAUUGGGGUGGACUUUGCCUUUGUGAGACCGCCGCCUAAGGAAGGAAAGCAGGGGCAGGGGAGAGGUGGAGGGAAGGGAGGAAGGGGUGCGAGGAAUAAGAGUCGGAGUCCGGAGGGGGAUGGGGUGAAAGAUGAAUAA